CACACAUACUCCUCCAGAAGUUCUACAAGGGGGAAGAUAUUUUAGAAGCUUUAGUUUCUUUCUCCUUGAAAUAACCUUAAAUUCAGACCUCAACUGAACAGGUAAACUCUCCAGGGCAGACAGAUUGCUAGCCAGAAUAGGUCUAAGCUCUAACAAAGGCAAGGAACGCAAGCCGCUGCAUGGAGUCUGACAGCAACCAGACUCCAGUGUAACCACAGUCCUUUAAUAGAUGCACCACUCCUAAAAGGAAUUCCAAGAUCAUCUGCAGCUUUCAGAAUGGUCAACGAAAUUCGGUCAGCUAAUAUUCACAGGGCUUUGGGAACCCAAAAGCAAAUCCAGAGUAGCCGGGAGGGCACACAGGGCCCUCUAACCUGAACGGAGACAGAAGACGGGAUUCCGUGCUGCUCAGAGGCCCUCUGCAGCAGGCGUCCCUUCCUUGUACGCGACACAGCUCUGACCAGGAGCCAAGCCGGUCAGCCGCGCCCUAGCAUCUCGUCACUAGGACCUGCGGGGAUUCCUCUCCUGUUCCCUCAGGCAGGGCCAAGUCUCAAGUGCACUGAAACAAGUCUUUAAAAAAAAAAAAAAGAAACCCAGUGACUGCCGGCUAGUGGGAGUGCGUCUGAUGGGAACCAGGCGCGCGGCCGCUAUUUAUAGCCGCCUGGUGGCUCUUCCGGGGCUCUCCGGCAGGCUAUGGGAGGACCCCUGCCCGGCCGCCCCGGUCCGCCCCGCAGGCCGUCCGGAGCCCGCGUGCCUGACCCGGGAAACUCCGAGCCGGGGCCGCCCGAGGGCAGCGCGGGGAGCGCGCGCCUGGGGCGCCCCAGGAAGGGCAGGGCGGGGCCGCGCGGCGCCUGUUUCAAGAGCCCCGUCCCGCGAAAGUGCGCGGAGCCCGGAGCGGUCCUCUGGGGGCGCGGCUGCAGGUGGGUCAUCUGGAGCGAUGGGCGACUGGAGCUUCCUGGGGAGACUGCUAGAGAAUGCCCAAGAGCACUCCACGGUCAUCGGCAAAGUGUGGCUGACCGUGCUGUUCAUCUUCCGCAUCCUGGUGCUGGGCGCGGCGGCCGAGGAGGUGUGGGGGGACGAGCAGUCGGACUUCACGUGCAACACGCAGCAGCCGGGCUGCGAGAACGUGUGCUACGACAGGGCCUUCCCCAUCUCCCACAUCCGCUUCUGGGUGCUGCAGAUCGUCUUCGUGUCCACACCCACCCUCGUCUACCUGGGCCACGUGCUGCACCUCGUGCGCGUAGACGAAAAGAAGAAGGACGGGGAGCAGGCGCCGCCGAGCCGCGAUCCGGACCUGCCAGGGCGCGCCGACCGCCGCAAGGUGCGCCUGGCCGGGGCCCUGCUGCGCACCUACGUGUUCAACGUCAUCUUCAGGACGCUGCUGGAGGUGGGCUUCAUCGCCGGCCAGUACCUCCUGUACGGCCUCGAGCUGAAGCCGCUGUACCGCUGUGAUCGCUGGCCCUGCCCCAACACGGUGGACUGCUUCAUCUCGCGGCCCACUGAGAAGACCAUCUUCAUCGUCUUCAUGCUGGCCGUGGCCUGCCUGUCCCUCCUGCUCAACAUGCUGGAGAUCUACCACCUGGGCUGGAAGAAGCUUAAGCAGGGAGUGACCAGCCACCGCGGCGCGGACACCCCAGAGCCCAGGGCGGGGGCCGCAAAGCCCGGCGGCGGGAGCCCCCUCCUCCCGCCGCCGCCCUGCGCCGCGCCCGCCGUCCCCGUCGAGUUCCCGCCCCUCUACCCUCGGCGCCCCCCCUCGCUGGGGCAGGCAACGGCCUCGGGCUGUGCGGGGGCCUCUACGCCCGCAGCGCAAGACGAGGGCCCCCCGGCCCCGUCCUACCACCUGCUAAUGGCUGAGCAGAACUGGGCCGACCCGGAGGCCGAGCAGCGGGCGUCCGCCUCGGCGUCCCCGAGCCCGGCAGGCAGCGGCCCGCAGCGACCCAAGGGGGGCGCGGCCGGAGGCCCCGAGCCCGCCCCUCCGGGAGCCCGGACCGGCCGCAGUCUGGACGGGACUCCCGCCUCGACGGCGACCAGCUCGCCCGCUUUGCCCCUCGCAGACCCCGGGCGGGCCAGCGGGGCCAGCGGCGGUCGGGCCAGACCGACGGACUUGGCCGUCUAGGGUUGGUCUCCAGACAGCGUUGUAAUAACCGUUUUUCUAGCAACAAAGUGCAGUUGAAAUCAGCAGGUAGAGAGGCCUCUGGGGAGAGAGCGAGCCCGGGAGCGGGAGGAGGGGGACCCGCAGGGUGGCCGCGGCAUCGCGCGGGGUGGAGCGGGGCAGCGGGCGGGUUGGCGCCUCCCACGUGCGGCGGGCAGCGCGGGCGCAGCGGCCCCGGUUCACAGCGGCCGGGAGCCCGGAACCUGGGCCGCGCUAGCGGUGCUGGUGCGUGAGGCGGCUAGUGUCUGCCGUCGCCGCAGUUCGGGGGCAAGUAGGCUUUCCGUUCCUGAGCUCUCCAGGACCUCUGGGCGGUCCAGAAAGUCAUAGACGCACUUAGCCCUAUCUCUGUUUGAUACUUUUAACUUAGAGUUGAAUUUCACUUGGGAUAUUUGCCAAACUGGACUAAAAAAAGAUUUAGAGCUAGUCCAUAGAGUGUCAUCUGGGUUUCUGGAAUUGCGUGUGAAGCCCAGGAUAUCACACUGCAGGCUUCGUGACAGUGACGGUGGGCAGCUGCCCUCCAGAGGCGGGGGGCUCAGCACGAGAGCCAGACGUAGCUGGUAGGAAAGCCACUGGAAAUGCAGCAACACUUACGGUAUUUUAAACAACUGAGGAAAUUGAGAUACAAGUGUGGCAGGUAUGCCUUGGGUGUUUAGUUUUUAAGUGGUAUCUUCUGCUUUGGUCUGAUUUGUUACAGGCGUGCCUAUCUGCCCCCAUCUUCUGUUUUUAAGGAGAAAUGAAAGACUAUUACAAUGAUACUGACCAAGAGAAUGUUGAUUUGUCUCACCACAUACUACUGAAGAUUUGAAAUUUCUUUUAAAAGAAAUUCUCCUACCUAAUGGGUUGGCUAAUUACUAUAAGAACAUACUAGAUAAAAUAAAAACAGGGAAAUUUUAAGUACAUUUCAAACACUUGAAGUUGUGAGGUUUUUGGAUGGGAGGCUAAAAGUUUGCUACUAUCACCAGAAAAAUUA